UUGGUGUAACUGGUAAAGUUGAUGUCACGUGACCAAGAGGUUACGGAUUCGAGCCGUAGAAACAACUUCUUGCAGAAAUACAGUAUAAGACUGCGUACCCUUGUGGUCCGUCCUGUCCGGUUCCCGGGCUAAGCAACCCCGGAGCUUAGUGCACCGGGCUGCUCUUAUACUAGUUUGUUUACAAUUUUUGGGAAUCUCGAUGCAACAGUAAGAGUUGUCGUCAUAAUGACAAAAUGUUCAUGGGGUUUAAGACGUGAAAACAGCCACUUGUAGAAAUGCAAGAGUUGGGAUUGAUAUGCCAUCAAUAGAAGUAAGAUAUGAGAAUCUAACUAUUGAGGCAGAUGCAUAUGUUGGAAGCAGAGCUUUGCCUACUUUUAUCAACUUCAUUACCAACUUCUUUGAGACAAUGUUGAAUUCUCUUCACAUCCUUCCAAGUAAAAAGAGACAAAUUACAAUUCUCAAAGAUGUAAGUGGUAUGAUUAAGCCAUGCAGAUUAACUCUGCUUUUGGGACCUCCAAGCUCUGGAAAAACUACAUUUUUAUUAGCUUUGGCUGGAAAGCUUGAUCCUACUCUAAGGGUUAAUGGGAAGGUGACAUAUAAUGGACAUGAAUUACAUGAAUUUGUGCCACAAAGAACAGCUGUUUAUAUUAGCCAACAUGAUUUACAUAUUGGAGAAAUGACUGUUAGAGAAACUUUGGAAUUCUCUGCAAGAUGUCAAGGAGUUGGCUCUAGAUAUCAGAUGUUGGCUGAAUUAUCAAGAAGAGAGAAAGAAGCUAAUAUCAAACCAGAUCCUGAUCUUGAUAUCUACAUGAAGGCUGCAGCAACAGAAGGACAGGAAGCCAAUGUUUAUACAGAUUAUGUUCUUAAGAUUUUGGGACUGGAUGUUUGUGCUGAUACCAAGGUGGGAGAUGAAAUGCUAAGGGGUAUUUCAGGCGGACAAAAGAAACGGGUAACAACAGGCGAAAUGCUUGUUGGACCAGCAAAAGCACUUUUCAUGGAUGAAAUCUCAACUGGAUUAGACAGUUCAACUACUUUCUCCAUUGUCAAUUCUCUAAGACUAUCCGUGCAGCUCUUGAAAGGAACUACUGUGAUAUCUCUAUUGCAGCCAGCCCCCGAGACUUACAACCUGUUUGAUGACAUUAUUCUGUUAUCAGAUGGCUACAUUGUGUAUCAGGGCCCUCGAGAAUCCAUUCUUGAGUUCUUUGAAUCCAUGGGUUUCAAAUGCCCCGAGAGAAAAGGUGUGGCGGAUUUCUUGCAAGAGGUAACAUCAACGAAGGAUCAACAGCAAUAUUGGGCUAAGAGGGAUGAGCCUUAUAGGUUUGUCACAUCAAAAGAAUUUGCUGAGGCAUAUCAGUCUUUCCAUGUUGGAAGGAAACUUGGCGAUGAGCUUGCAACUCCAUAUGACAAGAGCAAAAGCCACCCUGCUGCUUUGUCUACUCAGAAGUAUGGUAUAGGGACAAAACAACUGUUGAAAGUCUGCGCUGAACGAGAAUUCCUGCUAAUGAAGAGGAACUCAUUCGUUUACAUCUUCAAGCUCUUUCAGCUUGUGGUAAUGGCACUUAUAACGAUGACAGUCUUUUUCCGAACUAAGAUGCCCCGAGAUGAUAUGGAUGAUGGAGGGAUAUAUGCUGGUGCUCUCUUUUUCGUGGUCGUUCAGAUUAUGUUUAACGGAAUGGCUGAGAUCAACCUCACAAUUCUCAAGCUUCCAGUUUUCUUCAAGCAAAGGGACCUUCUCUUUUUCCCUUCAUGGGCUUACGCCCUUCCCACGUGGAUCCUCAAAAUCCCUAUAACAAUUGUUGAAGUUGCAAUUUGGACGUUCCUUACAUAUUAUGUCAUGGGAUUUGAUCCGAAUGUUUCAAGAUUGUUCAAACAAUUCUUUCUUCUCGUACUAGUACACCAGAUGGCAUCAGCAUUGUAUCGAUUCAUUGGAGCAGCGGGGAGAACAAUGGGAGUCGCUAGUACAUUUGGAGCAUUUGCUCUGAUCUUACAAUUUGCAUUGAGUGGAUUCAUCCUCUCAAGAGAUGAUGUGAAGAAAUGGUGGAUCUGGGGUUACUGGAUCUCACCAUUGAUGUAUUCCAUGAAUUCAAUUCUUGUGAAUGAAUUUGAUGGGAAGAAUUGGAAACAUAUCGCGCCAAAUGGAAACGAGCCACUUGGUGCUGCAGUAGUAAGAGCUCGAGGAUUCUUUCCGGAUGCAUACUGGUACUGGAUAGGCAUUGGGGCACUUAUUGGAUUCGUAAUGAUCCUCAACGUCUUCUACAGUUUAGGACUUGCUUACCUAAACCCAUUUGGUAAACCGCAAGCUAUGGUAUCAGAAGACAAUGAGAAUGCUGAUAAUGUUCGACUAAUUAGUCCACAGGGAGGUGAUUCUGUUAGUGAGGGUCAGAACAAAAAAAGGGGAAUGGUUCUUCCAUUUGAACCCCAUUCCAUCACCUUUGAUGACAUCGUAUACUCCGUUGACAUGCCUCAGGAAAUGAAAGGACAAGGUUCAACUGAAGAUAGAUUGGUACUUCUCAAGGGUGUAAGUGGAUCUUUCAGGCCAGGCGUUCUCACAGCUUUGAUGGGAGUUAGCGGUGCUGGUAAAACGACAUUGAUGGAUGUCUUGGCUGGAAGAAAAACAGGAGGAUAUAUUGAUGGCAGCAUCAAGAUUUCUGGAUAUCCCAAGAAGCAAGAAACCUUUGCACGUGUUUCCGGUUACUGUGAGCAGAAUGAUAUCCAUUCACCUUAUGUUACAGUUUACGAGUCCUUGGUUUACUCAGCUUGGCUGCGUUUACCUCAAGAUGUCGAUGAAAACAAGAGAAAGAUGUUUGUUGAGGAAGUUAUGGAACUUGUGGAGCUAACACUGUUAAGAUCAGCCUUAGUUGGAUUGCCAGGAGUCAACGGUCUAUCGACUGAGCAACGCAAAAGGUUAACCAUUGCAGUUGAACUGGUAGCAAACCCCUCUAUCAUUUUCAUGGAUGAACCAACUUCAGGGCUGGAUGCAAGAGCUGCUGCCAUUGUCAUGAGAGCUGUUAGGAACACCGUUGAUACAGGAAGAACCGUUGUCUGUACCAUUCAUCAGCCUAGCAUUGACAUUUUCGAAGCUUUUGAUGAGCUAUUUCUAAUGAAACGAGGAGGACAAGAGAUAUACGUUGGUCCUCUGGGUCACCAUUCUUGCCAUUUAAUCAAGUACUUUGAGUCUAUGCCUGGAGUUAGUAAGAUAAAGGAGGCUUACAAUCCAGCCACUUGGAUGUUAGAAGUUACAGCCUCGUCUCAAGAAAUGAUGUUAGGUGUUGACUUUGCUGAUUUGUACAAGAAAUCAGACCUCUACAAGAGGAAUAAAUUGUUGAUAGCUGAAUUAAGUACGCCUCGUCCUGGUACAAAGGAUCUGCAUUUUGAAACUCAAUUUUCACAGCCUUUCUGGACCCAAUGUAUGGCUUGUCUCUGGAAGCAAUAUUGGUCGUACUGGCGUAAUCCAUCCUAUACUGCAGUUAGAUUCAUUUUCACAUUAUUCAUAGCGCUUGUCUUUGGCACAAUGUUCUGGGAUCUUGGCACCAAAGUGAGUCGGAGCCAGGAUCUUUUCAACGCUAUGGGAUCAAUGUAUGCUGCGUGUCUUUUCCUUGGUGUACAAAAUUCAUCGUCGGUCCAGCCUGUUGUAGCCGUUGAGCGUACUGUAUUUUAUAGAGAAAGAGCUGCUGGAAUGUAUUCAGCCAUACCUUAUGCCAUUGGACAGGUUAUUGUUGAGCUACCUUAUGUAUUUGUACAAGCUGCUUUCUAUGGUAUCAUUGUGUAUGCGAUGAUCGGAUUUGAAUGGACUGCUGCCAAGUUCUUUUGGUACUUCUUCUUCAUGUACUUCACUCUCUUGUACUUCACCUUCUAUGGUAUGAUGACCGUGGCUAUUACUCCGAAUCAAAACGUUGCUUCCGUUGUCGCGGCCUUCUUCUAUGCAGUAUGGAAUCUUUUCUCAGGAUUCAUCGUUCCACGACCUCGUAUUCCAAUAUGGUGGAGAUGGUACUACUGGGCAUGCCCCGUUGCAUGGACUUUGUAUGGUCUUGUUGCAUCACAAUUCGCUGACCUGCAAAACGAUCUUGGCAAUAAUGAAAAUGUGAAGCAAUUCUUGAGUCGUUACUUUGGAUUUGAGCAUGAUUUUCUUGGAGUGGUUGCAGCUGUUAUCGUUGCAUUGCCUGUUAUGUUUGCCGUCAUAUUUGCAUUGGCUAUUAAGGCACUCAACUUCCAGAGAAGAUAAGAGAGUUCACCUACAAAAAAUUAUGAGAAAGAAGAGAAUACAAAAGUCAAAACUACUAUAUAUAUAAAUCACUACAUGAAGAUUGUUUCUUGUAACAUUUUGUAUUACUGUGUAUGUACUUUUGUUUUUUCCUUAAUCCCAAGUUUUGUUUGUACAAACAAAUAAAUUUUCAAUGAUAAAUGAAAAUAUACCAACAAUUUACUCCA